UGAAACAAUUACAUAAAAACAUAAUUUAGAGAGAGGUAAAGCUUCUUUUCAUGCCACUUUAAAACAUAUAUCGAGGGUUUGGUUCAACAUAUUAUGUACUUGUGUGUUUACUUUAAGAUGUUAUACAUAGUGGUUUUUAUAGUUUUAAGAUUAUGCCACAAACAUACGCAUUGCACCAGCUAAAUGUUUACAUGUUAAAACCUUACACCACAAUGGCGAAAAAUUAUAUUUCAUGGUUUUUGGUUGGUUAUUAGGGGUUAUUGUUAUAUAGAAAUAGUUACCCGCCCAUGUCAGCGGCCAAGGUAAAGCGAAUCAAGCGCACACGAUAUUCCAGUCGGCUGUAAUUGUGACGUAUUUCCUGGAGAAAAGGAGGAUUUGUGGCAGUUUGUUGUCAUCUCCAUCCAGUAGUGAACCGCUCUAGUGUAAACGCACGUAGCCCGUUAUCCCAUCUUUUUCUGCUUUUCUGUGUGCGUUCUCUGCGAGUAAGAUUUAAUAUCAACUCGUGUAAAAGCAGCGACAAUGAACUGAAACUGCUUGAAGUAACCGGGAGACCGAAAUACGUGAAGUUAACAGGCACAUUAUAACCAUGGUGACGGUGGAGCCAAGUUGGGGGCGGAUUCCACACAAGACGAGUUAGUUGAAUUCAGCACUUUAUGAGAAGGAUGGGUGUGUGCGGGUGACAUUGUUACUCAUCUCCUGGACCAAGAAGAAGGUGUACAGCGUCAGGUGUUAGAUGUAAAGUUGCAAGUGGAGCCGCAGGAGAAAGGGGAGUCUCCGCCCGCCCGGAGGGUAAGCAGAAAGAGGAUGGAGGAGGCAUGACGUCUCGCAUCUUGUUGGCGUCUUCGUUGUUGUAAAAGCAUCCAAGAGUUUAGUUGGAUGUGUUCAAAGCAGGGAGGGCAGAAGUGGCAGAGUGGGUGGGAACAAUGGGAGUAUUUUCUGAAAGCGCGACGGCUGUUUCACCAUAACGACUCUCAUGCCAGCGCUGCCUACAGUUACCACCAGUCUUCCCAGUCAGGUAAACCCUUCCCGGGUCUCGACAUACAUUAAACCAGGACCCACAUUGGUUGAAGGAGACAUGCCUUGAUGAUGAUCCAGCUUUCCCUGGCAGCGCUUCCUUUCUGAAGUUAAUUGUUGGCCACUGUUCCACUUCGCUGCUGUGAGGUAGCGCCGCCCCAUUCUGGACUGGGAAGCAGCAACUGACGGACAGAUAGGCCGCCCAGAGAAGCGUUGUCCUUUUCAUGGAUGCCAGGGUGGUCCUGCUGCACUUAUGGGCAGUCCUUGUCCUCCUGACAACAGAGCUGAAGUGGAUUGAUGCUGCCAAAGUCUACACCAAUGCUUGGGCUGUCCAGAUCGAGGGGGGGCCAGAGGAGGCGGGCCGCAUCGCCAGAGAACAUGGAUUCAUCAACCUCGGCAAUGUUUUUGGAAAUUAUUAUCACUUCAGGCAUCAUGCAGUGGAGAAGAGGGCUUUGUCUGGCCACAGGGGGAUGCACAUCAGACUGCAAAGAGAACCACAGGUCCUGUGGACGGAGCAGCAGGUGGUGAAAAAAAGGAAGAAGAGGGAUGUCUACAAGGAGCCAACAGACCCUGAUUUCCCCAAGCAGUGGUACCUGUCCACACCAACACAUCAAGACCUGAAUACCAAGGUAGCCUGGGCUCAAGGCUACACGGGAAGAGGUGUAGUGGUGACUAUUCUGGACGAUGGCAUCGAGAAAGACCAUCCUGACCUCAUCGACAAUUAUGACCCUGAGGCCAGCUACGAUGUUAAUGAUGGAGAUGCAGACCCCCAACCGCGAUACACGCAGCGCAAUGAGAACAGACAUGGAACUCGAUGUGCAGGAGAAGUGGCAGCUGCAGCCAACAACGGUGUCUGCGGUGUAGGUGUGGCCUUUAACGCUAGAAUUGGAGGAGUUCGGAUGUUGGAUGGGGAGGUGACUGACGUGGUGGAGGCCCACUCUCUCAGCCUCAACUCUCAGCACAUCCACAUCUAUAGCGCCAGCUGGGGCCCAGAGGACGACGGCAAGUCACUGGACGGUCCUGCCAAGCUGGCCAAAGAGGCUUUCCUCCAGGGAAUCACCAAGGGACGUGGAGGACUUGGCUCCAUCUUUGUGUGGGCAUCGGGUAAUGGUGGCCGGGAGCAGGACAGCUGCAACUGUGACGGCUACACCAACAGCAUUUACACCCUGUCCAUCAGCAGCACCACGCAGUCCGGCAAUGUGCCGUGGUACAGCGAGCCCUGCUCGUCCACCCUCGCUACCACCUUCAGCUCUGGAAACCCGGGGGAGAAACAGAUAGUGACCACAGACCUGAGGCAAAAAUGCACAGACUCACACACUGGGACAUCCGCCUCUGCCCCGCUGGCUGCUGGGAUCAUUGCUCUGGCUCUGGAGGCAAACAUGAACCUGACCUGGAGGGACAUGCAGCACCUGGUGGUGAGAACGUCCCGGCCCGGACACCUCAGCGCUGGAGACUGGAGGACCAACGGAGUGGGGCGGAGAGUGAGUCAUUCCUACGGUUACGGUCUCCUGGAUGCUGGAGCUAUGGUGGCUUUGGCGCAGAACUGGACCACAGUGGGGCCACAGCAUCAGUGUGUUCACAGCAUGCUGGCAGAACCGAGAGACAUCGGGAACAAGCUGGUGUUCAGCACGAGUGUGGAUGCCUGCUGGGGGCGACCGGAAUAUGUCAGCUCUCUGGAACAUGUUCAGGCUCGCCUCACUCUCUCCCACAACCAGAGAGGCAAAUUGGCCGUUCAUCUCAUCAGCCCGCUGGGCACACGCUCCACCCUGCUGUUCCCCAGACCAAAUGACUUCUCCUCAGAGGGAUUCAACGACUGGGCUUUUAUGACCACCCACUCAUGGGACGAGGACCCCCGAGGAGAAUGGACGCUGGAAAUAGAGAAUGUAUCUCCUAUUGGACAUGACUAUGGUGUGCUGAGUCAGUUCACCCUCACCCUGUGGGGCACUGGAUCCAGCGUUGUCAACCCCGCAGCGUCUGACUUCCCUCGGCCAUCCAACAACAGCUGCAAGACAUUCGAUGCCCAGCAGAUCUGUAUCGAGUGCAGCCCCGGCUUCUCCCUCUUCCUGCAGGGUUGUGUGAAGUUGUGUCCACCGGGCUUCAGCUCAGGCCCUCAGCUCCUCAAUCUCUCUCUAGAGAACUGGGUGGACUUGUCCUCAGUCCAGGCCUGCCUGCCCUGCAACCCUACUUGCCUCACCUGCUCUGACACUGGACCCACAGACUGCCUGUCCUGCCCCACACACAGCCACCUGGUCCUCACCUCCUGCCUGCACCAGAACCAGGUCCAGCGGAAAUCCCCCCUAUCUGGAGGACUCCAGGGUGACGGAGAGCAGCUUGAGGAGGAGACUCUGUCGGAAGCGGACGACAGCAGAGAAGCGGAGGAACCUCCGGGGCGCAGCGUCACGCCGUCCACUCAGCUGCCCACUGUCGUGGCAGUGCUUAGCUGUGCCUUCAUCCUGGCGGCCUUCGUCGGCGUCUUCUUCUUGCUGCAGAUUCGCUCAGGUGGCGCUUCUCUGGGCUGGAGGACCAAACUGCCCUCUGUUUAUUCACAGACCAGGGGGGUGCGGGUGGGUUUUGGUUUUGGCUUCAGCCAAGGACGUGAGAGGAAGGCACGAAUAUGCUACAGGGGGAUCCCCACUGUGUGGGGGGACGAGGACAUGAUCACCUACCAGUCUGAAUCAGACAGCGAGGAGGUGGACGGUCACAGCGAGAGGACAGCGUUUAUCAAGACGCAGAGCUCCAUCUAACUAGGUCUCUUCAGUGUUAAGAUCUGAGUGUGUGGCGCUGAUACACAAAUGAGAAUAACACAGAAUCAGAAGAAAAAAAACGCAGGCCCUAAUCAGCAAACCGUCCAAAUGUGUUCCAGAGUCUAUCAUGUGUAUUUCAUGUAGUUAUUCAACCUGGAUUAUUUAUCAUACAUAUUCAGAUGUCAGAUUCAGUCAGCAUCCUGUUCCACCAACGUAAGGUUUAAUUUAAACUAACUUGACCUGCUUGAUAAUGAUUUGUCCAGUUCUUUUUGUAUCACACACCUGUGAAGUACUUCUUAUUAAGGAUCGGUUAAUAUCCCCAGCAGUGGCUAAAAUAUACUGACUGUUAUACACCAGUAAAUUCAGUAUAAUGGGAUCAAUGGGGUCAAACUCUGAAUCCUACAUUUCCCCAAAGGCAGCUUAUUAGAACCAUAUAUUCCAAACUCCUCACCCCCAGUCUCUGAAAAAAAUGGUUUGUCUUAAAGGCCAGCAACCAAUCAGAGCUUAAAAUAACCCUGUUGACAUACUCACAUUUUAACGAUGAAUCAACGACCUCUUGUUAAAAUUCCUCCAGCACAUUUUACAGCAGGGUAAGAAUUGAAUUGACUUUCUAUGUUGGAUAAACUGAAGUUGAAGAGAAUAGUGCAUCCCCUUCCCAACAUGAGCGUUUGAUUUGACCCCCAACACAAACAUCAGCACAGAUGGAGCUCUAAUGAAUUGGCAUUGUUAUGUUUUGUCAGAUUCCUGGCAGAUUUGGGGUUGUGAAGUUGGCACACUGCUCAUUAAUUGCAAGUAAACUUUAAAUGGAAGAUUUCUGCAGUGUACUGGGACGACAUAAUAAAAUAUCCUGCAGGCUGUUUGAUGAGCAGGAAGCUGCGGAGGAUGCUCAGUUUUCAAUCACGGCUCAGUGGGAAUUGCUACCGCAGCACUGACAUAUCAGAUACAUCAGUCAAGGAAAUCUCAUUGACUCAUAGCAGGGUAGAGCUGUUUCCCAGUCAAAUGAAGAAAUACUGAACCCGGAGCAGCUUGGUUGACCUUUACAACAUUUGUCUUCUUCAUUGCCGCUGGUAAGAAGAAAAAAAAAAUCAUUUUCUCUUCAUUUCCCCCCCACAGAGUAUUUAUUGAUUUUGGGGCUUCUCUACCAGAACGUCUUCAUCAGGAUAAACCUCUUUCCCUUUUUAUUCUCAGUGCCAUACAUUAAAAGACAAACCCACAUUUUAUUUCUCUUCUAAAGCAGUGUGGCCUCACAGCUGCACACUUUGGAUCUAAAGGCCACAAUGGUUCCAGCGAUAAAUAACUGAAGAGAUGUUUUCUAUGUUUGUUUUAUAUCCUUUUUUAUUUAACUGACAGUGGAUGUUAAUAUUGUGGAGAACAGCUUCAUGCUGGAAUAAAAACGACUAGCUGUUGCAUA